AUGAAACUCAAUCUUGGAACCCUUGAGGAGCUGCAAGAACGUGCUCGACGUUGUAGCUUUUGUGCCCCCAUUGCGAAGAUGGUGGCUCUUGACUCUGAGAUUGGACCGACCACGGAAGUGAUAUUUCAAACUGACUUGGCUGGAGAUUAUGGGGAUAGUGACUGCUCCUGUGGCUUUAGAGGAUUUGUGGGAACUGAGGACCCUUAUACCUGUCAUAACUUUCUAGGAUUCCGAGACGUCUCCGAGGUUGACGACUUGGAGCUGGACAAAUGGCCUGGACAGGAGAUCAACUGGGUGACUGUCUCUACAUGGUUGAAGAAAUGUGAUGACGAGCAUGGGAAGAUAUCAAAGCAUCAGUCGACAGCACCUCAAGGGCUUCUCGUGAUUGAUACAGAUAAUUGGUGCAUCAUGGAUGCUCCCACUAACUGCCAGUAUGCUGCUCAAAGCUACGUCUGGGGAAGUCCUCCAGGAGAUGAUCUGCAAUUAACAAUCGACAAUAUGGCUGAGUUGAAGCUGGUAGGAUCCUUGAUUCAAAAAUACUCGCCACCGGAAACAGUUCGGGAUGCAAUUCUUGCAUGCAAUAUCUACGGGGGAUCUUGGGUGAUCCUUGUCGCUCUGGCCGGCAAUGACGCCCCCCAUGGUCUUCCUGGGGUGUCAAAGGCCAAACGAUCUCAACCAGUGACAAAGCAAACACAAGGCAUAGACCUUGUUCAGCAACAUAUGAUAUACCCGGACCUUGUUAGUGUCUCAAAAUGGGCUACUCGCGGAUGGACCUUCCAGGAGGCACGGUUUUCAUCUAGAUUACUAUCAUUUUCUGAAGAGGCUGCCUGCUACGAGUGUCACCACUGCGAGUCAGAUCCUGAAAUCGAAGAUGCCGUAUUGCGGCCGUCUCUAGAAGGGUUCGAUGGUGGCAUGUUCCAGUCAUGGUCGUACGAUGAGCUUGUGAGUUCCUUUACCUCUCGUGAUCUGACAUUUGACGGAGACAUUCUCUGCGCCUUCACGGGAAUUCUCAAUUCACAAUACGGCAAUCGCCAUAGGUUUGGAUUGCCACUUAAGGAUCUGAGCCGAGCGCUUCUUUGGACAGCGGAAGACAGAGAAUAUCCGAUCAGACAAUCAACGAAUGAUGAGGUGUUUCCAUCCUGGUCAUGGUGCUUUAUCAAGGGUUCUAUGCGGCACGAUAUUCGGGGCUUCGAUGAAGAUCACGGGUUUACAAAACCACUAGCUACGUUCGCAUUCAGUGUGGCUGACAAGUCAUCAUUGGACCUGCUUCAAAACCAAUCCAACCAUUCUCUAUGGAGCAAGGGGAAGAAUGGUCUAUGGGGCGAGAGCCAUGGGCGUCCAUGGAUCGAUAAUGAAAAGCGAAUCGCGCCACUUGUUAUAGCAAUGGCGUGGAGGAAGGGCUGUCUUCAUGGAGCUCUUCCUGAUGAGCUUAGGCCUGGCUCUUCAUGGCAGGCUUAUGAAGAUAUAAUAUUUUCCAAAUGGCCAUCACUCGGCCGCCUUUCUGAUGAUGCAGAUGGAAUUGCACCGGGAACUAUAACUGCCCAUCACCUUGACAAUAGAUUCCCACCAGCUACGGUCCGCCUCGCGGCUAUACCAUCAUGCCAUACACGCAGUCUCUUCGCGUGA